GCAGCAGGAGAAGGCGUGGCCAGUCAUAUCUGCGGCAGUUACCUGAGAGCAAGAAGAUUAAAGGACGCUGCUGGCGGCGUCCAUUUUAAUCUACAUAAAAGAAAACACGAUGGUGGAACAAACAAGACAGCCGCGUAGAGUCGUGUCCCUCCAGGCUGGACCUGGUGAGGUGGACACUGGUAACCUGAGGAUCAGAGACCGAGCAGCUCGGGUUGUCGGCCGCCAUUUGGCUGUAAUCGGAGACCAGCUGGACCGGGAGUGGACCAGCAGGCUGCCAAGCAUGCGACUGACUCCUCUCUACCUGCUGAGACCCGCCCAGGCUCUGACACGGAACAUCUAUCGGGACAUCCACAGUCAGUUCUGGGGCAUCCAGGGUCUGUCUGCUGCAGUGAAGGACUGGAUAGUGAGCGCUGCUCCUGGACAGGGGAUCCUCAGAGCGGAGGCCUUUACAGCCUGGGUGUCCAGCCUGAAACCAGUAACCUGCGCUGGCUGGACCAGAGGAGCACUUGCUGCUGUGGCACUGGUGGCUGCAGCGACCAUUCUGGGAGCACUAUGGAUGGAACAGAAAGCCUAAAGGGCCAUGAGCGGGUCUUUUCGGCCGUUAUAUGGUUGACAAAAAAAAUGUUUGCAAAUGAGUGACAAUUACUGCUAUUACUGAUUUUUUUUCCCUGCCGUUUACUUUGACUUCUCUUUUUAUAAUAUUUUAUGGAGCGGUAUUGACAGUGAAGACUGUGAACAACCUCUUGGGCAACAGAACUGGAAACAGAAAGAAAAAAAUAGACAGUAAAAUGUAUCAGAAAGUAAGAGAAUUGUAAGAGAGAAUUGUUUAAAUUAGUUUUACAGUGAUGCCCAAGGAGCAGGAGAGUUUAUUGUAGCAGUGACAUGUUGGUUCACGGUUGUAUUAAAAGCACGUUUUCCAUGAGUGGACUGUUGCUGGCCUGCAGUCUAUCAUAUGCAGAUGGUUAAAAAGGCCAAGAUUUUUACAAAUGAGAUGUAGCUUUGCUUAAUAUAAAUUGAAGGGAGCUGGACUUUCUGUGGCAGAUUUGAAAACGCUUUUUCAUGUGACUUAAAUAAACUUCAUAAUGACAAAA